UAUUAGACUAAGUGUUGUGUAUUUUGAAGAAUUUAGAUUUCUAUCUGCAGACUGUAUUAAGAAGAUAAAGUAUUCAGUAUCUGGUGGUGGAAAUUUUGAAAAAACCGAUACAAUGUCACUUAAUGCCCUCCAGGUUGCUUUGCAGACAAUGAAAGAAAGAUGUCAACUACUACAACAAAGAUUAGUAGUUGUAGAAGAUGAAAAUUUGCGACUUGGUAUUGAAAACCAAAAAGUGGGGUCACAUGAAAUUGAAGCUUUAAAUGUUUUACAGGAACAUAUUGCCAAGUUGUCAGGGCAAAUCUCUCAUUUAACUCAUCAUAUUUACAUGGUGGAAACAGAAAAUAAACAGCUGUGGACACGUCUGUCCAAACUAAUAGAAGGAAACGACUCCCUUGGCAGUCACCUGACAAAAAUAUCCAACACAUCAAACAAACAUUCUGUUGGAGAAUCGUCAAAACAAAAAGAAUCAGUUAAUACUGUCGACUCAUGUGAAAAGGAAGUCGAUAACGAUGAAAAAGAUGGAAGUUUGGAAGAAUUUUCAUUGAAGAUUAUUAGUAACAUUAUUGGAGAAAACAUUGAACUGGAGCAGCAGUGUGACCAGAUGUCGGCUUUGCAGACUGGAACGCUGAGCUUAGAGGAUUGUAACUUCACUCUGGGGACAGGCUUGACCGAGCAAGAAGAGGUAGCGCAGGAUCUGCGUAAGGUGAUGGAGAAUAUGCGGGAGCAGAAAGAACAGUUGUUGAAGCAACAGGCCAGCCUCAGAGCCACCUUAGCGACUCUCACCGCAUUGGUCAAAAAUGCUGGUUUGCCAUGCAAAAAGUGCCAGAAUAAUGAAAAAACAGAAAAUGAGACAGCAAACACAAGUCAGAACCAGGCACAAGUCUGUGAACCACCUGAAGAUAUGUGAGAUAACAGAGUUGGUGCAGGUGUGGACUUUGAGUACUUCAAUGAGGACCAUAUCUGGUCACUGUGCAGCCAGUUGUUCCACAGAUCUGCCAAGUUUGAGGACUUCCAUAGCCACAUCCUGACUCACUUUUCGGAUGAGGAUGGGGAUUUAGACUCCAUCAUCUCCAACAACUACCACGUCGUCACUACAGACAAUAAUAUUAAUGAAUUGUCACUUGUGUAUUUUUGUGUUUUUUACAACUAAAGUAGUUAGGCAGCAGAGAAUUAUUUUUAAGAGAAAAUUUCUAAUGUUCAUGUGUUAUCCGUUAAUUUAAUAUUUAGUUUAGUUAUUUCCUAUAAGUUGGUAAGACUGAAGUUUACGUAAAAUCAAAUUGUACACAGUACAUACGUAUUUAAUUGUUAAUAAAUAUGUGCUGAUGAAAAAAGUUUAUUGUGGACAAUAGCGAAUCUUAAGUAAGUUACCACUGUUCGGUUGAGAACACUGCUGCAGUACUGCUAGCGACUGCCAGAUUUCAACAAGUUAUGGAUCUUGGAAGUUUUAUAAGUUAAGUUCUUGUACAUUAUUUUGAUAUACUUGCACCAUUUUUGAACAUUAGAGGCUGAGUGUAAUAGUGAUAAACUUACCGUUAAACCAGUUUCGUGGUGCUGUAUCAUACAAGGAUCAACCAGAAAAUAAGGAUUGCCAUGUGCAUCGUGGCACUCAUAACAAUAUGUAAUUUUAUCUUUCUUGGUGGUUCUUGUAUUAGCAGUUACAUUAAUUAAUUGUUUUUAUAUGAAAAUAGUUGUUACUAUAUGUUUGCAAACAAUGUGUUAAAUUAUUGUAAAAUUGUUUAUGUCUGUUGUAAAAAAUAAUU